AUGCAUCUAUCUCUUUUCACACUCGUCCUGGUGGCAUGUUACUCUUCUCAGCUGGUAGCUGCGCAUACAGUCUUCACGACACUUUUUGUAAACGAUGUGUCGCAGGGCGAUGGAACUUGUGUGCGCAUGCCCUCAGAUCCUAGCACGGCUACAUUCCCCAUCAACGAUUUGGAUAGUGAUUCCAUGGCGUGUGGAUUUAAUGGGACACGAGGAGUCGAGCGCGUCUGCGCGGUUAAUCAGACGGCGAAAUUGAGCUUCUUGUUUCGGGAGUAUGCGGAUGGUUCCCAGGAGGGCGCUAUCGAUCCGAAUCAUAAGGGUCCUUGUGCGGUGUAUAUGAAGCGUGUGGCUUCGGCUAUUAACGAUACGGCGGUGGGAUCUGGCUGGUUCAAAAUCUGGGACGAAGGCUACGACAAUAGCACACAGAAAUGGUGCACCGAGAAGCUCAUCCAAAACAAUGGCUACCUCUCCGUCAACAUCCCCAGCGAUCUAGCAGGUGGAUAUUACCUUGCUCGGCCUGAACUUCUCGCCCUCCAUCAAGCUGACAAAACUCCUCCAAACCCCCAGUUCUACACCGGCUGUGCACAAAUCUAUCUCGAUUCCACCGAAACCGCCGUCCCAAAAGAUACAGUCAGCAUCCCCGGCUACGUCAACAUCCACUCCCCAUCCGUCCUCUACAACAUCUGGAAUCCCCCACCUACACCCUACACCAUGGCAGGUCCCGCUCCCUACCAACCUGGCACCUCCAGCAUCUCCAACACCACCGGUAGCAAGGCCGCGAAAUUCUCAACCUAUACUGCGAAGCAAGACGAAGGGCUUCUACCGCAAGACGCAGCAAUCACGAAUGCGAAUUGGUGGGGCGUCGAAGUCGCUGCUUACACGAACGAAGCUGGGUGCUGGGAUGCCAGCGAGAAUUGCUGGAAUCAGACGACGGUGUGUUAUGAUUGUGCGCCGCCGACGGGGAUAAGGGGUGCAGGGCGUGGGAGGCACAUUAAGGGGUGUGAGGGGGGAGAUUUCAAAGGGCCGCCUGUGCUUGUUGAGACGGAGGGAGGGGUGACGAUGACGGCGACGAUUGCGCCGGCGGCGGAACAGACAGGGGGAGUGUAUGCGGCGGGUUCGACGGUGGUGAGUGCGGGGAGUUUGGGGACGAGUGAGGAUGGGAAGUGUGGGGACGGGAAUGGUCAGACGUGUAAGGGGAGUGGGUUUGGGGAGUGUUGUAGUCAGGUGGGGUAUUGUGGGGGAGUGUGA